CUUGUCCUAGUAACAUUUCCUGCUCGCCUCAGUGUCCUGAAGGCGUGCAUGUCCUUGAGGGGAAGGCAGGUUGCAGACAAUCACCUUUUCAGCAUAGCAGCACAGUUGUUUUGUUCGCACCAAGUCACAGGAUGGUCAAUCUCCCACCUGUAGGCAAUCUCAUCUAUACCAGAGAUGAGCCCAAUGUGGGUGGUUUCAUCUGCAAACUUCAGGAGCUUGACAGACUGAUGACUGGAGGUGCAGCUGUUGGUGUACAUGGAGAAGAGAUGUGGAGAAAGGAGGCAGCCUUGAGGGGAACCAGUGCUGGGAGUCAGAGAUGUGUUUCCUCAGCUUCACGUGCUGCUUCCUUUCAGAAGGAAGUCGGUGAUCCACCUGCAGCUGGACUCAGGCACGUGCAGCUGGGAGUGCUUGUCCUGCAGCAGAGCUGGGAUAAUGGUAUUAAAGGCGGAGCUGAAAUCCACAAAAAGGAUCCUGGCAUAGGUUCCUGCAGUGUCCAGGUGCUGGAGGAUGAAGUGGAGGGCCAUGUUUACUGCAUCAUCCACAGACCUGUUGGCUCUGUAGGUGAACUGCAGGGGGUCCAGGAGUGGGUCUGUGAUGGCUUUAAGUUGCAGAGUCUGGCAGUGAGAAUGCAGUGGAAUCAUCUGUAUCUCCAAAAGGAGACAAGAUUCACUUGGGAGAAGAAGUUUGAGUUAGCAAGGAGGCCUGGAGAAGGAGUCCUUGUGAAGGAGUUGGCACUGGCAUUCUAGGGCACUAAAACACUGGGGGGAAAGAGCCUUACAGUGGAAGGAAUGCCCCACCACAAAAACCACCAGGCAGCCUUCAACCCCACAGAAACUCCAAACAUUGAAAGUUAUGUCAUUCUUGGUAGAAGUAGCCAUGUGGUCUUUGUGGGAUGCCAAGGACUGGGUUAUUUGAUAUGGAGUAUUUUUUUUUUUUCUUUGUCCUGGUGUGACAGAACCAUCACUGUUUAUCACUGUUUUUCUUUUCAGUCUGCGUCAAGGAGUGGCUUCUCAACUAACAUUUGGAGGAGACAGAGUUGCAGGCCAGAUGGGGAAAGGCUGGAUGGUACAUAACUGAAAAAAUGAUGUACAUUAACAAACGACAAAAAAAAGCCACUUAAAGACUGAGAAUGUGAGCACUACCCAUGGUUACUUGAAGGUUACUUGAACCUAAAUGCAUGUUUUGACGUUAAAUGCAAAUGUUAGGGUAAAUUGAUGUUGAUGUGUAUCAUUUAUUGUAAUUUGCUUGUUGCUCUUUGUUAAAUAAUCAU